AUGGAGUUCGCGGGCACCGGGCGGAGCCUGCGGGCGCCGCCGCCGCUGCUGCUGCUGCUGCUCCUGCAGGUGGCCGGGCCGGCGGGCACCCUGGCUGAGACCCUGCUGGACGCGUCGAGGGCCAUGGGCGCCAGCUCCAGCCCGCCCAGCCCCGCGAGCGUGGUGGCUCCCGGAACGACGCCGUUCGAGGAGAGUCGCCUGCCAGUGUUCACCCUGGAUUACCCCCACGUGCAGAUCCCCUUCGAGAUCACCCUGUGGAUCCUGCUGGCCUCCCUGGCUAAGAUAGGCUUCCAUCUGUAUCACAAGUUGCCCACAAUAGUGCCUGAGAGCUGCCUCCUUAUAAUGGUUGGCCUGCUGCUAGGAGGGAUUAUUUUUGGGGUCGAUGAAAAGUCCCCCCCCGCAAUGAAGACUGAUGUGUUUUUCUUGUAUCUCCUCCCACCCAUCGUGCUCGACGCAGGCUAUUUCAUGCCUACUCGCCCGUUCUUUGAGAACAUUGGCACCAUUUUCUGGUAUGCUGUGGUAGGGACCCUUUGGAAUUCCAUUGGCAUUGGGGUGUCUUUGUAUGGUAUCUGCCAAAUUGAAGCCUUUGGCCUGAGUGACAUCACUCUGCUCCAGAAUCUGCUCUUUGGCAGCUUGAUCUCAGCUGUGGACCCAGUGGCUGUGCUCGCCGUCUUCGAGAACAUUCACGUCAACGAGCAGCUCUACAUCCUGGUCUUUGGAGAGUCCCUGCUGAAUGAUGCAGUGACAGUGGUCCUGUACAACUUGUUCAAGUCUUUUUGCCAGAUGAAAACCAUUGAGACCAUUGACGUGUUUGCUGGAAUUGCAAACUUCUUUGUUGUGGGAAUUGGUGGGGUGUUGAUUGGCAUCUUCCUGGGAUUUAUAGCGGCAUUUACUACUCGGUUCACGCAUAACAUCCGAGUGAUUGAGCCACUCUUUGUCUUCCUGUACAGUUAUUUGUCCUAUAUAACAGCCGAAAUGUUUCACCUCUCAGGUAUCAUGGCAAUCACUGCUUGUGCAAUGACGAUGAAUAAGUAUGUGGAAGAAAACGUAUCUCAGAAGUCGUACACCACCAUCAAGUAUUUCAUGAAGAUGCUGAGCAGCGUCAGUGAGACCCUGAUCUUCAUCUUCAUGGGCGUGUCCACCGUUGGGAAGAACCAUGAGUGGAACUGGGCCUUCGUGUGCUUCACUCUUGCCUUCUGUCUGAUCUGGCGAGCGCUGGGUGUCUUUGUCCUGACUCAGGUCAUCAACUGGUUCCGGACGAUCCCCCUGACCUUUAAGGACCAGUUCAUCAUCGCCUAUGGAGGGCUCCGAGGUGCCAUCUGCUUUGCGCUGGUGUUUCUCCUCCCGGCUGCUGUGUUUCCCCGGAAGAAGCUGUUCAUUACAGCGGCCAUUGUUGUCAUAUUCUUUACUGUCUUCAUCCUGGGAAUUACUAUCCGACCACUGGUGGAAUUUCUCGAUGUUAAGAGGUCCAAUAAGAAGCAGCAAGCGGUCAGUGAAGAAAUCCAUUGCCGGUUUUUUGAUCAUGUGAAGACUGGGAUUGAAGAUGUUUGUGGACAUUGGGGUCACAACUUUUGGAGAGACAAGUUUAAGAAGUUCGAUGACAAAUACCUGCGGAAGCUUUUGAUUCGGGAAAACCAACCCAAGUCAAGCAUUGUGUCUUUGUAUAAAAAGCUGGAAAUAAAACAUGCCAUCGAGAUGGCAGAGACGGGGAUGAUAAGCGCGGUUCCUUCCUUUGCCUCUCUGAAUGAUUGUCGUGAAGAAAAAAUAAGGAAGCUCACACCUGGUGAAAUGGAUGAAAUUCGAGAAAUAUUAUCCAGAAAUCUCUAUCAAAUCCGUCAGCGAACUUUGUCCUACAACAGACACAAUCUGACGGCCGACACAAGUGAGCGACAAGCCAAGGAGAUUCUAAUCAGACGGAGGCACAGUUUGCGAGAAAGUAUCAGGAAAGACAGCAGCUUGAACCAGGAACGCAGGGCUUCCACUUCAACCUCUCGAUAUUUGUCCUUACCAAAAAACACAAAGCUUCCAGAAAAGCUACAAAAGAAAAAGAAUAUGUCUAAUGCAGGCGGCAAUAGCAGCGACUCAGAGACAGAUGCUGGGACCACCGUCCUCAAUUUGCAGCCCCGAGCAAGGUGCUUCUUGCCAGAACAGUUCUCAAAGAAAGCCCCACAGCCCUAUAAGAUGGAAUGGAAGAACGAGGUUGACGUUGAUUCUGGACAGGGGCAGCCUUGUACCCCUCCAGCUCCCCACAGCAAAGAGGGAGGCACCCCAACCCCAGGCAUGCUGCGGCAGCCCCUUCUCUCCAAAGGCCAAUUUGGCCCAGUGCAGGAAGACCGUGGGACUGAAGGCAUCCGACCCAAGCCGCCACCCAGGCUGGUCCGAAGGGCAUCGGAACCCGGCAACCGGAAAGCCCGAUUUGGAAGUGAGAAGCCUUAAUGGAAAUGGCCAAAGCAGGCCUGGGGUGACUGACCCGGCAUGGCUGGGGCUUGUUACUUUGAAACCUGACACAACAGUGGGAUCCAUUUAAUACCCUCUAUGCAUCUAAAUACUUUCUUUGGGUAGUAGAGUCAUGCCAUUGAUUGACGGGAUGAAUGCUUAACCCAAGAAGAGGAAAAUCCAAGAAAAAAGCCCCAUAAAAUGCCUUUUAUGACUUCUCGCCAGCAGUUGUAUUCUUUGCAAGCCUAAAGAAAAAAAAUUGUGUGCCUUUAUUGAACUUGAAUGACAGAACUUGAAAUUUUGAACACACCCGUGUUGGUGAAAAUUUUAAUAUAUACAUACAUGCCUCAAAUUUUAUUUAUGGAAACCCUAUGUAUAUCUGUAAUCAGUUUUUAAGCAAAGGGCGCUAAAAAUGCUCCACAUCUUUCCAAGGCAUAAAGGAGGAUGGUGGACCAUCUGCUUGGAGUCAAGGUGUUUCCCCAUCCUGAGCUGAUGAGCAGUGGGUAAAGGGAGAGCACAGCAUGGAGCAAGGAUGCCUGGUGAGCUCAGCCUGGGGAGGCAGUCAGAACGUCUGGGCAGAUGAGGAGGCCUGGCUCCCAGAGCGCAGAUUCCCGUGAAAUAAUGAGUCAUCUGGAUUUAAUUUGUUCCUCAUGCUACCGUACAUUUGAGGGUGACCUAGAGAUUCCAUCUCUCAUUUGUGUUUGAAUGGUGCAAAGAGAAAGGCUGUGUGGGUGACACGAUGUAUGACAGACUUGGUGGCAGCUUUUGAUGAAAUUCCAACGUGUGGGCCUCAUGUUGUAUGUGGCGAGACCAGGCUGCACCUGCUUACAACUUGUUGGCAGGUUUUAUAUUGUGCAAUACUGGAAGGAGGAUGCAGAAGAUUCCCUUUCAUGCCCAUCUAUGACUACCUGCUUUAGAAUUUUUCUGUAGAACAUUCUAGAACUUUGAAAACAGGUCAGAGGCUCCAAGCAGACAGUUUAUAUAAAUGGUAUUCCAAUGUUUAACAAAUUGGUGAGAGUUCAGGUUUUGAAAUUUAUUCAGGAAGCACUUUGGAGAAUAUAGGAGUUCUAUUUUUUUUGUUUGUUUUUUGCACUAGUCUGUAAUUUGUUACCUCUCCACCCUCAAUAGUGACUCAAAUUCUUCAUAUAAAAAUGGAUUCUACUCAUAUGAGUAAUUUUUAAAAGUACAGCAGAAAGAUAAGAAGUGGAAUAUAAUCAUUAAAGAUUAAUAUUUGAAUUUCCAUCUUAAACUGAGGUUUUAUUGGCUUUUCCCCUCCUGCCCCCCGCCCCGAAAAAAUCCUCUUUAGAACUGGACUGGAACAAGACUCUAAAUGUCUGGGUUUAAAUACAAAUGAGGCCAUGCAUAUAGGCCCCUGGGUGCACAUUGGAGAUAUAGCAAAGGAUACAAAUGACCACAGUAUUGUUAGUGGGAAAACAUGAAUGAAUUAAACAGGAAGAUUCUGUACUCAGAAAUCCCCAGGGCUGCUUCUCUUAUCCCCUCCCUUUAUCCCCAUUGAUGUGGAGAAAUAAAUCUACCCUUUCUCUCAUCUUCUACAGUCUUGGAAUACUGCUAGAUCAUUGGGCGUGAGGCAGAGGGAAAGAUAAACACACAAGGUACAAGUUCAUGAAGAGCACAAUUUCCUUCCCAAAUUCUUCCACGUUGAUCAGUGGAGAGCAGGACAGACACCAUUUGAA